AUGCAGGCACAGGGUGUUUCUCUCUGCCUCCUGGGUGUGAUGCUCUUUCUGUGCUCAGCUCAUGCCCGAGGUCUCAGGAGAUGUCUGAUUUCCAUGGACAUGCGCCGUAUGGAGGAGAGUUUCCGAGGGAUCAAAAACGCCAUUCAAGCUAAGGACACCUUCCAAAAUGUCACCAUUCUGUCCACAUCGGAGACCCUGCACAGCAUUAAGCCCUUAGAUGUGUGCUGCGUGACCAAGAACCUCCUGGCAUUUUACGUGGACAGGGUGUUCAAGGACCAUCAGGAGCUGAGCCCCCAGAUCUUGAGAAGAAUCAGCAGCAUUGCCAACUCUUUCCUCCACAUGCAGAAGAGUCUACAGCGAUGUCAGGAGCAGAGGUUGUGUCACUGCAGGCAGGAGGCCACCAAUGCAACCAGAAUCAUCCAUGACAACUACCAUCAGUUGGAGGUCCGGUCUGCUGCCAUUAAGUCUCUGGGAGAGCUGGACGUCUUGCUAGCCUGGAUUGACAAGAAUCAUCAAGGAACUUCUGCUGCCUAAAGACAAGAAGUCUAAGUUUGGGGGAUGAACAGCCCCUGAGAGGUUUCCAGUGGGAGACAGCCAACUUUGAAGGGGAGGGAGAUAGGGAAGUCUCCAUUUUUAUGCAAAUUGGGUCUUUUUGAGGAAACCUUCCUGCCCAUUUGGAAUUCUCUUCUUUGGGGCUGAGGUAUUGUAGGGGAAAAAUCUAGGUUUGAGCACAUCUUACCCUGUAGCUACAAGUCUCACUGGCUCGGCCCAAGCUGUCUGAUUCCACCUGAAAGUAUCCAAGCAGUCUACUGUCAUAUUUAUAUGAAAUAUGUCUGUCAAAAGGUCCUGUGGGCCAUCCUGUAGGGAGAGGGUGAGU